AUGAGGUCAGCUGUAAGGGCUUUGCUGUCACCUGUAAGGGGGCGAGCGUUAGCUGUAGCUACUCGAGCAGGGGCGACGACCAAUACAAACGUCAUACAUAAAAGGUAUAAACACGAUUCUCAAACACUUCGUGAUAUAGCCAGUGAAGAUAAUGAUUUCAUCCUUUCCAUCUUGCAAGCUUCACCUUCCGUACGAGAUUCUCGUUCUUACCUAUCAUCCUUUGCACCACCGCCUUCAGAGACCGAUAUACUCUCACCACAAAGUGUUCCUUCAGAUACAUCAACAUCAACGAAAGGAAUUACACCUGAUCCCAAUCCACUUGUGAAUUCACUACUAAAUCCGAUAUUGCGUCGACCUGCAUUAGUGAAAAUCCAAGGACCAUUCACCGAUGCACAAUUAGAUUCGAUAUGUAGGGGAAUGGCACAUUUACAGAAAUUGGGUUUGGUCAGUGUUAUAGUUGUUGAUAGAGAUGAUUUACCUUCAACAGAAUCAAAAGAUAGAUUUGAAGCUCAACGUCAACGUACAAUAGUCAGACAUGAAGUUGAACGUGUAGUACAUUUUCUAUCAAGACAUAGAUCAAUAGCAAGACCAAUAUUCUCAACUGUAGCUAGAAUACAUAAGAACGAUCUCGGUGAAAAUACAAAUACAAAUACAAAUACAACUGCAAAUACGAAUGAAGACGUUUUUAUAGAAGAAGAAGGUUUAGAUCAUGUCAGAAGAGCAGUUCAAGAAGGUGAAAUACCAGUUUUAUUACCUGUUGCUUUAGAUGAAGGUUGUAGAUCAAGAAGAAUAUCUUCAAAUAAAGUCUUAUCGGCUUUGGCUAAUUCUAUGGGUAUAAACGGUACCAACAACUUGGAACAACAGAAUAUCGCAUCAACUUCAACUUCAACCUCAACCUCAACCUCGUCGUCAACUUCAACCUCAGCAAGUCAAUUUGAUCUAACACCAUUGAGAUUACUUAUAAUCAACCGUGAAGGUGGUAUACCUUCAUAUGCAAGAAAUGGAUUACCACAUUUAUCAAUCAAUCUAGCAUCAGAAUUUCAGUAUAUCAAUCGAACAUUUGAUACAUCAUGGAAAGAAACACAUCCUACUUCCCUGUCUAAUCUAUCUUUAGCGAGAGGAUGUCUGGAACAUAUGCCAAAAGAAUCUUCUGCAUUAGUCGUCUCACAUAGAUCACCAGCUGCUAUGAUAGCCAAUCUGAUAACGAACAAACCUUCUUAUUCAGCUUCUCUACCACAUGCUCUAUUGGUAGAAUCAGAAGGUAGAAUAACAAGGGAUACUCCUACGAUCAUCAGAAAAGGUUUACCAGUAAGGGUAUUAAGAUCAAUGGAAGAAGUAGAUAAAGUUAAAUUAACGAAAUUGUUAGAGACUUCUUUCAGAAGGAAGCUGGACGAAAAUAAUUUUUGGAAAAGAUUAGAAAAUGAUUUGGAUUUCGUCAUCGUCGUGGGUGAUUACGCAGGUGCAGCGAUAUGCACGCUAGAAGGAAAGAAUACAAUCCACGAGAAAGAAGGAGGACAAGAACUAAAACAAGAACAAGAACCUAUCUGUUAUCUCGAUAAAUUUGCCGUUCAUCCAUCACAUCAAGGAGAUGGAACAGUCGAUUUCUUAUGGGUAGCAUUACGUGAUGAGACGUAUGGAUUAGGUUUAUUAGAUGCUUCGAAUCCUUCUAUUGGAUCUCUCAGAGGUGUGGGUAAAGGUAGAGAUUUAGUUUGGAGAAGUAGAUCAGAUAACCCAGUUAAUAAAUGGUAUUUUGAAAGAUCAAGUGGAUUCGUAAAAACAAAAGACGGUAAAUGGAAAGUGUUUUGGUGUGAUGCGGAACAAAGAUUGAAAGAAUUAUGGAGAGAAAGAGAAUUUGGUGGUGGAAGAUUAGUGAAAGUCGUUGAAAAUGAAGAGAAAGGUAGGACCGAUUGGUGGGAAAAUCAAAUUGGUGCUAUCAAAAGUGCAUGGGCUGCUUAG